AUGAUCGUAAGGAGAUGGAGCUCUCCGUCUCGGAUCUUGGUUAUUGCUGGGUGUCUUUGCCUGCUUUAUUGUGUCCUGUUUGUUAGUUGGUCGAGGGAGGCUUGGAAGGAGGUUGGGGUUGAUCACGUGGCUCAAGAAGAUCAGGAAAAGGAUGAGGCCAGAUGGAGGAGGGAUGUGGGGAAUCAGACGUUGGGUUUUCAAAAACUCUUCGUCAUAAACAUGCCCUCUCGAACAGACAGACGAGACGCAACAACGCUUGCGUUCGCCACCAGUAACAUUGCAAUAUAUUUCAUCGAAGGUGUAAAAGGAGACAGUAUCCCAGAAGAAGCUUUGCCUCCAGGAGACAGUGCUGAGAGUAUCAAGCUGUCGAAAGGGAUAAAAGGGAGUUGGAGAAGCCAUAUGAAUGCUUUGCAGCAAAUCGUUUAUCAAAAUCUUACCACGGCCAUGAUAUUUGAAGACGACGUAGACUGGGACAUCCGCCUCAGAGCCCAACUAAACACCUUCGCCAUCGCAUCCCGCUUCCUCUCCAACCCAAGUUUCUCAAACGACCUCCCCCGCUACUCCAUCCAAACAUACCCAAACCCCGAAACCGAAGAAUCAAUCCACAACGACUCAUCCCCCUACCCCAUUUCACCUACCCUCUACUCGCUCCCCAUCUCGUCGCUGCCCCUAUCCUCACUCCCUCCAUCCUCCUCCUCAUCAACGCCAUACGGCGACCCCUCAACCUGGGACGUCCUCUGGCUCGGACAUUGCGGCGUCGGCUUCCCCCGCCCUUCAUCCACAGAUACCUCACCAAGCACAGCAAACAUCCUUCUCACACACUCUCCUGACCCAACAGUCCCCUCCCCAAACCACCUGCGCGCCCACCCCUUCGGCCCCUUAGACGCGCUCUCCGCGUCCCACGACCCACACACGCGAGUUUAUCACCGCGGCAGCGGCGGCGCGCUCUGCACCGUAGCCUACGCCGUCUCGCAACGCGGCGCAAGGCGUCUCCUCGCCGAAUUCGGCGUCAAGCGCUGGGGUCGAAUAUGGGAUGUCGAGCUCGGAUCGUGGUGUGCUUCUCAAGGGCUGUGUAUCACUGUUCAGCCGCCGAUAUUCGCGCAUCACCACCCGGCGGGAGGAGAGAGUAAUAUUGGAGGGUUGGGAGGCGGGUAUGCGAGGGCGGUGGAGACGAAAUAUGUGCGGUGGAGUGUGAGGAUGAAUCUUGAGAGGUUGGUUUGGGGGAAAGGGGAGGGGGAGUUGGUUGAUCAGUGGCCUGAUGAGGCGGAGUGA